AUGCGGCGCUCCUUGGAAUUAGUAUCUCUUUAUCACGGACUUGUACAAACAUCCCUCGUGCAGUUCAUUUAUAUCUUCUUGUGGCUGCCACGUUGGUAUACCACGUCAUGUGGAUGUGACGUGAACAAGCCGUUGGUUACGCCGAAUCCUCAAGCCAUUGAAAUUCUAGAGAACGAUCUGGCUCAUCUGCGGGGCGAAUGGACGGCUAUUCAUAUUGUAUUGCAUUCGCUCGUCAAUGCCUACACAAUCUGGCCUCUCGAGGCGGCAUCGCGGCAAGUGCUCGAAGACAUGGACCGAGAAUUGGCCAUCGCUUGCGACGAACUCAAAACCCAGAUUCGACAUUUGCAUAAAUGUCUUGAACGCCUGGAUGGAAAAGUGCGCGCCAUGCGGAAUCCGUCAUGCUUAUCCUGUCAUCCUGUACCGUAG